AUGCAAGAAGAAAACAUCAAAAAAGUUGCCCAGAACCUUACUCCCAAUGAGAAGCAUGUCUACUGGCAGGAACUGUGCAAUAAAGAAGACUGUAGCAGAGAUAAUUUCGAGAGCAAGGAUAAAAUAGAGAUUUAUAACUCCUUUAAAGCUAAAUCUACCAAGAGAGCUAAGCUAGACCAGUUUAACGAAAAUGCAGGCAGAAUGUUCACCGUUGUGACAAAUACUACAGCUGUGGUGAAGCCACAGCCCGGUAUGGGAUCAAAAGCUGAAGACCAUGAACAUCUGAAGAAGCAUUAUAAGAAAGGGCUUAAAUAACCUGAAGUAUUCAAACCCAGGAGGAGUUAGAGUACUUGCUAAUACAAGUAUGGGAGAAACUCUUGGGAAAGAAUAUCCUAAAGAGAAAAGCUGUAAAUCUUCCAAGAAGAUCAACAAGCUUGAAGCCAGAAUAGAGCAUGAGAAAAAGAUGAGAGAGCUAGCUCAGAAAGAGGUGCAAAGACUUAAGGCUGAGGUUAAGAAAAUGAAGUAACAAAAUUCUAUAAAA